GUACAGCCCCUCUAUAUCAAACAUUGAAUUACCUGCCAGGUGCGUACCAUACCUAUACAUAAUAGGUACAGUCCUAAUAACCAUCGUACUUGCUUCAUCAUUAAUUUACAGGCUGCUCUUGUUUUGCUAUUUCAACAGUUCAUCAUCUUUUUUUUUUUUCUACAUUUUGCUUUUUAUCUUUCAAUUUAGGUCCAGUUGUCCUAUAUCUUCCAGGGCUAUCUAUACUGUAUCUUAAUUGCAUAUCCCUACAUAAUUUUCAACACAGGAUAUAUAUUCUGAAUAAAUUGGACAUCAGCCGGCCAAGCGAAUACGAUCAUAAUUCUAAUAGACAAAGCGAGUCAGUAAGAUGGAUGCCUCGCCAAAUAAACGUCGCGCCUUAGGCCCUAUCGACGUCAACUCGAGAAUCACGGCAGCAUCCUCGAAACUUGAAGUGGCCAAGUUAUGUAGUCCGGUGGAGGGUAAGGCGAAGAGAUGCCUCGAUGACGAACCCAAGCAACUGCAGCAUCAACAACGGCCAUCAUCACAGCCAAUCAAGAGGCAACGUCUCUCCAUGGAUGGAGAUGCUCAACCGAUAACCGCAGAUGAGGAGCUUGGUGGUAGUGGGGGUCAUAAUGAUGAUAAUGAUGGGAAUGAUGGCAACGAGGGUGCAGGUGGUGAUAGUGAUGUGCCGGAAUGCCAACGAUCAGAUACACCGGACGAGGACUCGUCAAUGUUUGACAACUCUGUCAUAGACACGUCUCUGGCCACCACGGUAACAGAGCCGGACACAGAGGAAGUGGCGCCCGCGCCCACACCCGCGCCUGUACCCGUGCCCGCGCCAGCUCGUCAGCGCUCUCCCAUGUCCCGCGAGGAAGCCCGAAGAAAAGCAGAGAUGCUGCGAUUAAGACUAGGUCUUGCCAGCUACAAAGUCCGAACGGGGCAAACGGACGUGCCCCUUGACCAGCUCAAGGUAAAGCCGUUGUUGGGCGCCAACAAAUCUAUACGGCAUGGGCAACCUUCGUUACCGCCUCUGCCGCGGACGGCACGCGUUAAUGGUGAUAGCGGUGCGCUGGCCCUACCUCACAUGGUAGCGCCGCUUCGACGGAAUGAUGUUCACGAGCAGGUACAUCUACCGGUGUCGAGUCCGUCAACGAGUUUGCCGGUGCUAUUACCCAAUUCGCCUCUUGAGCGGCAAGAAGAAGAAAACAAGGUACUUGCAAGCAGUGUUACGGGCAUUGCUGCCAGGGCGUUGAGUUUGUCUCGAAGCUGCUGAUGGUUACCGACUGGCAGUAGUGGAUUACUGUAAUAUAAGGAAGAUGGGAAAUCAUUUAUUGGUGUUAUGCAUUUUGCCUACUUAAACAUCUUCACUAUCUAUCUACAUACUAAGGAAGUACUGCCUAGUGGGUAGAUACUAGGUACAUGACGGAUAGUACUCAUUCAAGGUCAAGGGAUAAAAAGGUCCAAAGGGCAGGCGCAAAGGUGCUUGCUAGGGUCAGCUAGGGUCAGGAAGGCGGGUUAAAAAAGCAUACGGUUAUAGAAAUGGCAAGAGCUGAUAUAGCAAUAUUAGAUGCAUCUUCCUUCGUCUUAAA